GCCUCGCUACGCAGCAAGUCUCUUUCUUCUACCCUACAACUCUCGCUCAACCCCUCGGCAACACCCUCCGAAUGCGGUUCGGCUUCGGAGUACGGGAAACCGGUUGUUGAUGCUACCUGGCCUGGUAACGCCGGCCCACGUUCUGUGCAGUCCUCUAAAAUGCCCAGCCCCCGCAGCGGAUUUACCUCGCCGACUAACCCACCUCCACGACAGGCCUCCUGGGGUGGACCUAUGACUGAUCUGAACCUGGAUUCACCCCUUCCUGAGGACUUUGACAUUGAGGGCGAUGAUGACGGUUUCGAAGAGGAUGAUGGCUUUGAGGAGGAACUGUGCACACUGGAAGAUCCGAGUGUUAGUUUCGGUAUCUACAAACCGUCGGAGGCGAGUUCUCUCGGUCGCCAUGAUGAAAAUCUGUUUGCGGAUGUAUCUACUGCCAACAGCGGUCAGAAGAAUUUAUUGGCGGCGCCAGCACCAAUAACACCGGAACCGUCGUUUGUAGAUGAGGCACAAGCGCAGUGUGUUCCUAUUGAUUCUCUUCCGCCACCUAUACCCUCUCCCAAAACACAGCCGUGCUUGCCUCCAGUUUUGGAAACCACCGGUCAACUUCCAGAAAAUCUGGAUGAGGUUACCGAUCUGAUGCUCAUGGACGACCUACUCAAUAUCGCCGCAAUAACUAAUGAAGAUCUCGCCGGUACUACACCCUCAAGCUCGGUUCUGUCCGGCCAAUUGGAGGAACCUCGGUCGCCACGC